AAGCAAUGGCGUGUCAAGGCUCUUUGUCCAGCAUGAUCUUGGCUUUGAUUCGUCGCUGCCACCCUCAAGGACCAUUGAUGGCGUUUCUGUUGAUUGGUACAGAACGAUCGAGGACACGUCUGCGAUGUCGGUUGACGAUGCCAUUGUGUUGUAUGACACUGUCACGGGCCAGCUGGGCGUCGACAAGAGAAACACCGUCGUCUCGUAUCCACGCUACCUGGGAUCUUCAGGAAGUAUGGACUACGGCCUGGCGUCGUACGGUGGGAAGUUUGAUAGUUGGGGAGCAGCGCUGACGGCCACCGCCAUCCGUCGAAGCCAGUUUGGCGUCGGCUUUGCCUCGCGCAGCGUUUCGGGCGGAAGCAAGACGUUUCUCUUCCGUGCUGAUGUCUUUGUCCACACUUCGAUCACGGUGACGGUCACGGACGUCUCGCCAACCAUGGUUGAUGCUGGCACCGUGGUUACCAUCAUCGGCACCGGGUUUGAACCACGCCCGACGGGCGAUAUGGUGGUGUUGGCCGGAACGACGGCGUACACGGCCACACCAGCGUCACCGACGCCAGCACUGGUCACUGUUGUGAGCUCUUCGGAGAUCCACUUUGUCGUUCCCAGCCAGCCGGUUCCCACUGUCUGGCGCUACUCGAUCAGCGUCGGGCUCUCGGAUAGCUCCAGCCCCGGUACGAUCUCACCGGUGCCGGACACGACGUCCGAGUCGUUCUCGAUUGUCUACAAAGGAUGCGGCAACAAUGUGGUUGAAGCUGGCGAGCAGUGCGAGUCAGGCUUGUGCUGUGACGUCGGCACGUGCAUGCUGCGGGCUGCUAGCACCGUCUGCCGCGUCGCCGCCGAUCUGUGUGACGCGGCCGAGCAGUGCGAUGGCAUCACGCCGGCAUGCCCCCCCGAUGUCACACUCGCCGCAGGCACCGAGUGCGGCAGCGCUAGCCAACCAUGCGCCAAAAAGUCGACGUGCGACGGCGUGGCCAAGAUCUGUCCUCCGUCUGGCUUCCAGCCGGCAACGUUUGUCUGUCGCCCAGCAAGCGACAGCUGCGAUCAGCCCGAGUUUUGCACCGGCGUGUCGGACACGUGCCCGAGCGAUGCCGUCAAGGCCUCUGGUGAGCUUUGUCGACCGCAGUCGUCGUGCGCAUACAACGCGACGUGUGAUGGAGUCGCCAAGUCCUGCCCGGCCUCGGUUUCCUUCCCCGAUGGCACGCUCUGCCGAGGUGUGCCGGCAUCAGGCCCGCACUGCGACGUGCCGGAGACUUGCGUUUCCGGCUCCUGCCCCAUCGAUGGGUUUCUGCCCAAGGACACCCUAUGCUCGGCUGCAUCCGGACCAUGUGAACAGGACUCUGUUUGCUCUGGCGCAGGCCCUGCGUGCCCUGCCAACCUGCCGCAGUCUGCAGGCAUCGAGUGCCGGGCGUCGGGCGGGCCAUGUGACCCGGCCGAGGCCUGCGAUGGCGUGUCGGCCAACUGCCCAGAAGAUGCCAAGCUUGCCGCCGGCACCGUGUGCUCAUCGAGCUCGUUCCCGUGCGUGGCCAACUCGGUCUGUGAUGGCGCGUCGAGCGGCUGCCCGGCAAACCAGCUGCUGGGUACCGACGUUGUCUGCCGGGCCUCUAGCCAGCCAUGUGAUGCACCAGAGACAUGCUCGGGUACGGCGCCGACUUGUCCCAUCGACGAGCUGCACCCGGCCGGCUUUGAGUGCCGGGCUGCCGGUGCGUUGCCGUGUGAGCCGUCGCUGGUGUGCAGUGGGGAAAGCUCGGCGUGUACCAACACAUCCACGCCAAUUCCCGACUCGUGCCUGAGUAGCACAGUGCAGAAGCCGCGGACUGACAAGUCCAAAGCUGCUGUGGCUGCCGCCUCGACCAUGGGCGCCCUCGCCUUUCUGGGUCUACUUGUUGUGGCCGUGCUGGCGUAUGUGAUGUGGCGGCGGCGCGCAGCGCGCCACAUCACUAUGCCGGACUUUGCACCGUUCCGCUACUACAACUUUGCCACGAGCAACAUGUCGGCGCUUACUCGGGCACGGGCGUGCGCCGCGCUGCUGUUGGGCGUUGUCUUUGAAGGCGAUGGCGAAGUUGAGCGUGGCGAGGACCGGUUUGCCCUCGCGCGGAGUCUUGUCGAGGUCUCGGACUUUGCCGACCGUGACCGCCUCCUGCGGGCGAUGCUGUAUCUGUACAUGGCGCCCGGCUUUGCCGAGGCUGUUGUCAUUGAUGCGCUGUCAGUCGAGGUUGCCGCUGCACAGGACACCGGUUCCCUGCUCCGGGCCAACUCUGCUGCGUCCAAACUGUGGCAAGCCUACACCCGUGCGGUGGGCCUUGAGUUUGUGUGGGCGUCGGUCGGCGAGCUGGUUGCCAUCUUUGUCCGUGACAACGAGGGGGAUGCACGCGCAACCGACGCCGUUGUCGAGGUCGAGUCGCUUGACGUCCGCCAGCACGGCGACGGCGAUCUCGACGACGCGCUCGAGAUCGGCGUGGUGAAGUACGCCGCCAUGGCACUUGCGCAGAAGAUGCUGUCGGCGUCGCUGGCGGCGGUCGAGGCGAUGCCUAACGGCAUGGUCCAGAUCCUGCAGGCUCUCUACGGACUUGUCCGUGCCAAGUUUGGUGACGAUCCAGCAACCAAGUCCGUCCUCGCCUUUGUCUUCCUGCGCGCACUCUGCCCGGCGGUCUCGAUGCCGUCGGCAAUGGGCAUGACGCCGCUCGUCCAGCCCACCACCCGCAAGUCGCUGGUCGUUGUUGCUAAGAUCCUCCAGAACGUGGCCAACAAGGUCGAGUUUGGCGGCAAAGAGCCGCACAUGUCGCAGUUCAACGACUUUGUUCUCUCCAACCUGGGUAACGUCGAUGCCUACGUCGGCGCAGUCCUCGCCCGUCGCAUCGACACCGGCUCGGCUGUCAUCGCGCCUCCACCGCCAGACAAGGCGCUCCAGGUCGCCGCCGGCGUCGUCCACACCCUCACCGAUACGUACGCCCAGUCCAAGCCAGCGCUCAUGGCCCAGCUGGAUCACAUUCCUCCCAUCGCCGGCCACGGCCUCGCUGAUGUUGAAGCUGCCGCUGAGCCUACCGCCGCUGAGCCUGCUACCGCUGAGCCUGCCACCCCCGAGCCCGCCGGAGCUGAGCCUGCCGCCACCGAGCCCGCUAAGGCUGCUGCCUCCAGCCAUCCCACGCCCCCGACCGAACCGACAGCCGCGUCGUUUGCCGAGCAGCUUGCGCAGUGUCUCGCAUUCCUCCCAGAGCCGGUGCGCCUCAAGGAUCUGCUCACAUCUGGUACAGAAGCUGGUGUCAACAAAGCCAAUACCGAUAACUGGCCCUCAUCGUUUGGGUCCAUCACCUACGGUGGGCCGACCGAUACGUGGGGCUUGGCCUCACUCACGCCUGACGACCUUGCCUCGCCCAACUUUGGAUGGGCGUUGGCGGUGUCAGGCACCGACUCGGGUGCGGUUCUCAAAAUCCGGCACGGCGGCUCGACUGGGCCGACGAUGACGGUGUACUAUAGCAUGAACGCGGUGGUAUCGGGUCAUGUCCCUGCAGCGGUGACGAGCGGCGAGCAGUUUCGGGUUAUUGGCUCAGGAUUGCAGACCUCGCCCGACGCGGCGUCUCAGGAGAUCCGCUGCCGGUUCGGUGGAGGCGCGUCCGAGGCGGCAGCUGUAAGCGUGGCCGCGGAUGGGAGCUCGGUGGUGUGCACGGCACCGGAUCCUGCUCUAGUGGGCGCGAGCGCAGGCUCGAUGUGGAAGAGCAGCGUCGAGGUCUCGAUGGACGGCGGCACUACUUGGAGCGGGACUAUCGAUCUGCAAUACGUCGGCUGCGGAAACGGGAUCGUCGACAUUGGCGAGAACUGUGACGAGACGAGCGCGUGUUGUACCAGUUCGUGCCUGUUUGCGCCUGCCACUGCGAUCUGCCGCGUCAAGGCCGGACCCUGCGACGCUGCCGAGCUCUGUCCCGGCGACGCAACCGAUUGCCCACAGGACGACUUCCUCCCCGCGCUUUCUGUCUGCACCUCGCUCGCCGCUGACGACGUUUGCGCCACACCUGGAGUCUGCAACGGGAGCUCGAUCACCUGUCCACCGCCUGGACUUGCGGCUGCCGGCACGGUCUGUCGGGCGGCAGCAGACACGUGUGAUGUAGCCGAGACGUGCGACGGGGUAUCGACCAAGUGUCCGACCGACAAGUUUGUGGCAAGUGGCACGAUGUGCGAGGCGGGGAGCGAGUGCUCGUUCCCGUCGGUCUGCACCGGCAGCGGGCCCAACUGUCCACCGCGGGUUAUGCGCACCUCGGUCUGCCGCGCAUCGCGUGGUCGCUGCGACGUGGAAGAGAGCUGCGACGGCGUAUCGCCGACGUGUCCGUCAGACUCGUUUGAGCCGGACACCAAGCUUUGUGCGACAGCGCCAUCGGUAUGCGCAACAGACGCGUUCUGCACCGGCAUCGGACCCGAGUGCCCGGCUUUUACGCUGGCACCGGCAGGGACGGUGUGUCGACCGGCGAACACCAGCUGCGACCUGGCCGAAGAGUGCAACGGGCUCUCUGCGCUCUGCCCGAUCGACGUUGUCCUACCGUUUGGCACGGUGUGUGCGGCAGCCCGCGGCGAGUGCGAGAACGAGGCGCGGUGCAGCGGCGUGUCCGCGAUGUGCCCGGCACGGACGCUCAAGCCUGCGUCGACCGAGUGCCGCCCUGCGGCCGGCCCGUGCGAUGUGGCCGAGUUUUGCACGGCUGGCGCGUUCAGCUGCCCCGUCGACAAUCUUGUUGUCUCGGGACAGGUGUGCAAGCAAGACUCACCAUGUGAUGUUCCCCUGGUGUGCAGCGGCAUGGAUCCAGGGUGUACUGAGAAGGAUGACAGCUUUGAGCCUGCCGCGAGCUGCGAGGCGCGGGUUGUGGCCGCGCCGCCGAAAUCCAACUCGGGUGCGGUGGCCGGAGCUUCUGUGGUGGGCGUUCUUGUGUUGCUCGGAUGCAUUGCGGCUGGAGUGGCCGCCGCAAUUGUGGUCCGGCGCCGGAGAGCCGAGGCAGCACGGCUGGAGAUGCCCGACCUGGAGCCGUUCCGGUUCUACGGGUAUGCGACGGCUGAGAUGGAGCCGACGACGGCAUCGCUAGUGGCCAACGCAGCGGCGCUUGGCCCGCUCUUUGUGGCCGACGCACGCGGCGGCGAGUUUGCACUGGCGCAUGCCCUGUUUGACUCGCUCUCGGUCGGCGAUCUCGACCAUGCGUGCAAGGCGAUGCUGUACAGCUACGCUGGCUCACAGUCCGGCUCGGGUCUCGGGCUUGUUCUCUCUCGCAUCCGAGUCGAGGUGGCAGCGGCGGCGGACGAGGGCACGUUGUUCAGGACCAACUCGGCGGCGACCAAGCUGAUGCAGGCGUACGCGCGGAUGGUGGGCCUCGAGUACCUGUGGCAGGUGGUCGGCGUCCACGUCGUGACGCUGUACUACAAGCUCGCGGGCGCCGACGAGGGCAAGGCAAUGGAACUGGACGCAACGCGCGGGAGCGGAACCGAGGACGUGGCUGUGUCACGGUACGAGGUCUCUGCGCUUGCGCAAAAGGUGCUGUCGUCGAUUGUGCGGGGGCGGCGCGAAAUGCCGCCCGGAAUGGUGGCCAUUUGCCAGACGCUACACGCCAGCGUCGGGGCUCGGUUUGGACCGGUCGGCGCUGCGCGCGGCGUCUCUGGCUUUCUUUUUCUGCGCUUCUUCUGCUCCUCCGUUGCUGCGCCCGAGUCGGUAGGCUUUCUCCCGCACCCGCCCGAGCCAGCGAUCCGGCGGCAGCUAACGUUGCUGUCCAAGGUGCUGCAGAACCUGGCCAACAAGGUCAUGUUUGGCGGCAAGGAGCCGUACAUGAUCCCGCUCAACGAAUUCCUCGAGGCCAACGCGCCUGCGCUUGACCAGUACAUCGACGAUCUGGUGGCGGCGCCGUCGCCGCCGCAGGCUGGGUCGGUCCUCGCUACUGCCCCACUUCCUGACAAAGUCACCUCGGCCGCACUGGGGGUUACCGCCGGCUUUGUGGUUGCUGCCAACUCUGUUGCAGAAGGCGCGUUCCGCGACGUCCUCGCCCGCCACCCGCCGCUCGACAUCAACAUCAGCGGAGGCGAUGGGCCGCCUGCAAAUGCGGCCCCGGCAGCCGCAGCGCUGCCGCCCGCGCCCUCACUAGGCCACGCCGAUUCGGUCGACGGCAUCGAGCUCUCGCUGCUCGGAAACGACCGGUUGGCCGGCAAAGUCGAUGUAGACGCGGUCGACGGUGACAGCUGUGACGAGGCGACGGCAUCUGGCGAGGCGGCAGCUGAAGCGGGCGCUAGCAAGACGAGCGAGACCGAAGCGCAGCUGACGUCGGCCUUUUCGCUCCUCAACCAGCUCGCGGUCAUCCUCGCCUUUGUUGGAACGCCUGCCAAGCGGACUGCCAUCCUGCGGCAGCCUGUCCAAGCCAAGAGCAAGCGUUGAAGCCCUUGCCCCUCACCACCACACCACCCAACCACUGGUAAACCUAUCGCGAUG